CGUAGUAGGAAAUCAAAUAAAAAGGUUUUGUGUUAAAAAGGAUAUACUCUAUAUUCUUUCUUUUUCAUUUAUACGUCUUACAAUGUAGCUAAUUUUCCGAGCUUGAAUUUUGGGAUGUGAAUUUUUUCUAUAAAUGAAAUUUACUUUUUCUUUCCAUAUUACUCAAAUAUUUAAUUUAAUUUUUUUAAUUAUUAUUUUUAUAAUUCUAUAAUCCUACUCACUUACCAUAUCUUUUAUGUCUCUUAUACUCCCCUACUCUCUUACUAACCUAUUUGUCUUCCCUUUUUCUUUUAGGGUUUCAUUGCUUUUCUCUCCUUUUCUUGAUUUUAGCUCUUGUUUUCUUGAUUUCUCAACUCCACACACAAAUGGAAGCUGAAGAUGAUCAAGAAAACAAUGGAUCUUGUGAAAAAGGUUUAUCUUCAAGUAAUCUUAAGGUGAAGAUAAAUCUUAAGCUCAAGAAAGAUAAAGAUGAAAGUCGUGGAGAUGAAGAAAAGAACAUGUUGUUGAUGAAGCAAAAGAAAGAUCAUAUAUGUUGUGAGUGUGGAAAAGAGUUUAGCUCAGGAAAAGCUUUAGGUGGACAUAUGAGUAGUGCACAUGUUCAAGCAAAUCAAAGAUUAGAAGAAUCUUUGAAGAAGAAAAAAUCUUUGAUAAAAAGAUCAAGAUUUGAUGAUGACGAUGACGACGACGACGAAGAAGAAGUUGUUCUCGAAGAAGAAGAAGAGAUGGGAGGUGUGGUUGUAAGUUGUGAGAUUUGUCAUAAGAAUUUUCCAUCUAAGAAAUCUUUAUUUGGACACAUGAGAUGUCAUCCUGAUAGAGAAUGGAGAGGUAUGAAACCCCCUGGUAAAAAAAUAUCGAAAAGUAAGGGUUUUGGUGAAGCUAGGUUUGAGGAUGUGAAUGAGGGUUUUGAGGAUCGUUUUGCUAGUCUUCGAGAUGAAGAAGAAGAAGAUGGAGGAGGAGGAAGAGGAGUUCGUUUUAACGUGGUUGAACUACCUCCUUUGAAGGAUUGGGGUGCGAAGGAUAGACGAGGUAGAUCCCCUCUAAAGAGGAGUGUAAGUAGUACUAUAAUGGAUGAUGAUAAGGAGCUACAUGACGCGGUUCAACAGCUUAUAAAUUUAGUCAAUGGAAACGUGAACAAUAACAACAACAACAACAAGAAUAGGUCAGAGGUCAUGAUGAGUAGUAGCAAUUCAGUUGGAAAUGCUCCUAAAGAAGCUGCUUUUCGCGAUUUGAAGGAUAAAUCUAAGAAAAAGGGGGUUGUUAUUGAUGAUACUAAAGAAAAGAAUCGCGAAGAAACCAAGAAGAGAAAGAGGGAGAAGGAGAAGGAGCUAGUCAAAUUUGAUCCGGGCCAGGAUUUGGUCCCUAGCCCCGUUCUCAAGAAAUCAGUGGAGGUCAAAUACAAAUGUAAUGUGUGUGGAAAGAUGUUUGCGACUCAUCAAGCACUAGGUGGACACAGAUCGAGUCAUAACAAGCUCAAGAUUAGUAUUGAGAACACGAUCGAUGAAAUUAAGGGUAGAAAUGAUGAAGAGAACAAUAAUAAUACUCAAGGUGAUGGUCAAUUGGGAAAUCAAGAAAUCACUAAUUAUGGCAACAUUAUUAUUAAUGAUCAAUAUGGAUCUAAUAAUAACAAUAAUAAUGUUCAUAAGUGCAAAUUUUGUGACAAGAUUUUUCCUACUGGACAAGCACUUGGAGGUCAUCAAAGGAGCCAUUUGACAAACAAUCAAGAAGAAUCAUCAAGUCAAAAUGCAAGUAAAGUUCUUGAUUUUGAUCUUAAUGAAUUGCCUCAUUUGGAUGAUGAUACAUCAUUGUAAUAGAUAAUAAUCCAAAAGUAUGAUCAAAUUAGGUUUUAUAUUUGGGAAUUUUGUUAUAUGGUUUUAUUGGAUCUUUUAAUUAGGAUGUUUUACUUUUCCUUAGCUAGAAGGACUUUAUUUCUCAUUGAUAUAUG